AUGGAGGCCACCCACAGACGGCAUUCGACACAAACUGAAAUGAUUAUAAAGAUUAAGGAUAGAGUGAUAUUAGAGUUUCCACUAUGGUAUUCAGCCAGAGCAGAUUCUCAACACAUCCCGAGCGAAUCGUACAGAUGUAAAAAAACCCCAUCAAUGGCGUUUAAGCCUCCACCAUGGUAUUUAGCCAUAAUAGAUUCUCGACACACCUCGAGGGAUUUUUUAGUUUCAAUAUCAAGAGAAAUGAUCAAACCCCCUACAGUAUCCGAGUCUCCACCAAAGUGGCUAUCCACAGCAGAUUCUCGACAUUCUUUCGGGGAAAUGAUGAUUAAGAUUUUCCUAUUUAUGUUGGUGAAAUGCACAAAGAGAAAGCCACAGAUCAGUAAGAUCAGCAAACCAGCCCGGGUUCAACCCCCCAAGACAGCGCCAUUCCCAGCAACUCUAGCCAUAACACAAUCAUCGAAUCCGAAUUCCCAUAUCUUCAUGGCUUUCCAGCUAAGGCAUGAAGAGGUUUCCUUCAUGCGCAUACUUCACUGA